GGGCCGUUCAGAAGCAGGCAGGCGCUCGCUCGGUCGGUACCGAAGAUGGCGGCGGCUCCGGUGUACUGCGUCUGCCGGCAGCCUUACGACGUGAGCCGGUUCAUGAUCGAGUGCGACAUCUGUAAGGACUGGUUUCACGGCAGCUGUGUCCAAGUCGAAGAGCAUCAUGCAGUGGACAUUGACGUUUAUCACUGCCCCAACUGUGAAGUUCUACACGGACCCUCCUUGAUGAAGAAGCGAAAGAACUGGCACAGGCACGACUACACCGAGCCGGACGAUGGCAGCAAGCCCGUGCAAGCCGGGACCGUGGUAUUCGUGCGCCAGCUGCAGUCCAGGACCUUCGCCAGUGGUGAAGAGAUUAUGCUGAAGAUGCACGGGAGCCAGGUGACGCAGCGCUACCUGGAGAGACGCGGCUUCCGUUACCCCAUCGCCGUGACUCAGAAAGACGGGCUGGGCCUUCAGCUUCCCCCUCCAGACUUCUCCGUGAAAGAUGUCGAGCGAUAUGUUGGUGGCGAUAAAGUGAUAGACGUCAUAGACGUGGCGAGGCAAGCAGACAGCAAGAUGAAGCUGAAAGAGUUUGUCAAGUAUUACUACAGCCGGCAGCGGCCGAAGGUGCUCAACGUCAUCAGCCUCGAGUUUUCCGACACCAGGAUGUCCGAGCUAGUAGUGGUCCCUGACGUUGCUCAGAAGAUGUCCUGGGUGGAGAACUACUGGCCUGACGACUCCUACUUCCCCAAACCAUUCGUACAGAAGUACUGCCUGAUGGGAGUGAAGGGCAGCUACACGGAUUUCCACAUAGACUUCGGGGGCACGUCGGUGUGGUACCACGUGCUCUGGGGGGAGAAAGUAUUUUAUAUAAUCAAGCCUACACCAACCAACCUGGCGCUGUACGAGGAGUGGAGCUCGUCCCCCAACCAGAGCGAGGUGUUCUUCGGCGACAAAGUGGACAAGUGCUACAAGUGCGUGGUUCAUCCGGGAACCACCCUGUUCAUCCCUACAGGAUGGAUCCAUGCAGUUCUGACCUCUGAGGAUUGCAUGGCGUUCGGAGGGAACUUUCUUCAUAACCUGAACAUCAGCAUGCAGCUCAGGUGUUAUGAGAUGGAGCGGCGGCUGAAGACCCCCGACCUCUUCAAGUUUCCUUAUUUUGAAGCCAUUUGCUGGUAUGUGGCCAAGAAUCUUCUGGAGACCCUAAAAGAACUGCGAGAGGAUAACUGUCUGCCUCCCGAGUACUUGACUAAAGGAGUGAAAGCUUUAAUUACUGCGCUGAAGAACUGGCUGAGACGAGAGGUCACCGAGCCUUCCAGCGAGGUCCCCGAUCACAUCAGACCCAACCUUCUCAUUAAGGAGCUCACCAAGGAAAUCCGUCACUUAGAGGACGAUCAGAGUGGAAGCGGUGGGAGCAAGCCUGUGAAAUCUCAGGGAAGCCUGGCGUGUACGAGGUCGUCUCACGAAAGAGGCUCCCAGAUGCACAAGAACAGCAGGCGACUCCGGCAUCACCACCACCACCAUCAUCAUAAUCAUCAUCAUCAUCAUCACCAUCACCACUCUCACACGUCCAAAGCUCCAUCCAACCUGGACAUCUUCGAGCAGCACACUCAGGAGGUCCUGAAAAGACUGGAGACGGGCCCCUUCGUGGACGAUUCUAGCCUGAAGGUCAAGUUCAACAAGGUGUCCACUGCCUCCGCCGCGGCUGCUGAGAGUAAACUGGGCAACCAAAUGCAUCUCGUCAUGUGCAACGGCCGCAUCAUCAGAGACGACAGGUGGCGGGUCCAGAAGAAGAGCAUGGCUGCCAAAGAGGAAACCGAUGAUCAGAAGGGGUUCACGGUAAUAAAGGUGAAGGAGGAGGAGGAAGAGGACCAGGAGAUGAUGGACGAGGAGGAGGAGGAGGAAGACGAGAUGGAGGAGAAUCAGAGCGAGAGGACACAUCACGAUAAACCCAGCCCUCUUAGAGGGCCGUGUAAGAGGGAGAGCUCCGGUCUCAGGAACAGCCAAUCAGGACGCGCGGAGGCUUCGUCAGACUCGGAGUCUGAGCGCCGCUACGCUAGACAGCCAAAGCAGCAGUCAUCAGGAGAAAAUUCUGAGAGCUCAUCGAAUGAGGAAGAAGAAGAUGAAGAAGAAGAGGAGGAGGAGGAGGAGGAGGAGAAGGGUGAGGAGGGUGAGGGUGAGGAGGAUGUGGUGAGAGAGAUCUCUUCACCCCAACGCACAACAAACAAGUGCAGCUCCAGCAGCGCUACAGAUUCCACCCACGCCCGCCUACAACUCGGACACCACAACAGCAAACCUCGCAAAAGGGACCCUUAUAUCUCACUGAGUGCGGAGGAGGACGCUAUUCAGGGCAUGUUGUCCAUGGCAGGGUUGCUGUACCCUCACCCAUCGGAGGAGGGCGCCAACUCCCAGGAGUCCUGGUGGUCCUGCACUAGCCAUCCCUCCCCCGAUUACAAUGAGAAGGAAGCCGUGUCAGAAGAGGAGAACCCUGAUUCAGACAGUAACUCCACGAUCAGCAGUCAGGACGAGCGACAGGUCCCGAAGCACCACAGCAGGGAGAACCGCAGCCAGAGCUUCAUGGACAGUCAGGGCAGUGGGAACAGCAGCAGCAGCGAGGCAUGGAGCAGCCACGCCCACUCCCUUAGUGGUGAAGAAAGUCCCAAGUCACAUUAUCAGUACUGCGAGACGUCACUUUCCUCGCUCCUGCACCCAACGAAGAGACCCGCGACAAACCCACCACCCAUCAGUAACCAGGCCACCAAAGGGAAACGACCGAAGAAAGGCAUGGCCACGGCGAAACAAAGGCUGGGGAAAAUUCUCAAGCUCAACAGACAUAAACCGUUCUUUGUGUAGCACCAGGAGCGCGAGCGAGAGAGAUGGACGUAUUUUUGUCACAGACUCAUGCUGUGUGUCUGUGAGGGUGAACAGGGUACUUAAGGAGCACAGGUUUUUAGCACUGAUCAUGUCGGGAGCGUGGUGAUGGCCGUCGGGCAGAUGGAGUUCCUUCCUUCCAGUGUUUCCUUUUAGCAUAAACGCAUCCCGUAAAAGCGUUCGGAAGACGCACGCUGGAACCGAGGAUGAGGUCGUGCCUCUCUGGCCUGCGUUCCGGCUUUCCGCCAGUGAUUUUUCCCAGACGUUCUCAGCGGCGUGUGAGCGAUGAACUGAUGUUCUAAGAUGGUGCUUGAUUGGCGUCACGACGACGCCGGUCUGACGAGGGUGGAGGCUCGGUGGUGAAGCCACCCACAUCUUCCUAUUUCCCAGAUCUCCCCAGCUUUUAAAAUAAGCUUUUUGGCAGAUCAUGAUCUUCCCUGCUCAUCUCCGAGCAGGGGCCGCAAGGCGGCUGCAGUCGGUGGAUCAGGUUCUCACGCUUCUCUUUCUUUUUUUCCUUUUCUUUUUUUAAGGUGUUGAGAAGAGAAUGGUAUUUUUGGUAUUUACACUUUUUACAGCCACAGACUUCAGUUUUUACGCCAUAAUCUGCAUUGCAUUGUAUUCAUCAUAUCAGUGGUCAGGAAUAAGCUCUCUGUCGCCCCCUCAUGGUGAACAGAGAUAAAGUCACAGGAAAACAGGUUCAGGAAGGUGAUAAUAGGAGGAGAAGACAUCUUUCCACCUAAUUUAUGACUUUAGGUGUACAUUAAUUUGUACAUUUUCUGGUGCUUGUUUGUUUUGUGUGUUAGUUUGUUUUCGAUUCAACUUGUUCCUAUUGCUUGUUAAAUUGUGUAUUUAUUAUUGCUGGUUGUGAAUGAUCAUUUGAUUUCAAUAUGAACGUCGUUUGAGUUGUUGUUGACCGCGAAUAUACAAUUUACUCUAAGAGGAGCGCUGACGCUUCGCAGCAACAUGGUUAGCUUUUCAUCAACUACAGCGUCAUCGAAAUUUUCUUUUUAGACUUUAGGAUUUGGCAGAUGCCUGUGUUUAGAACGAAACCUAGCUUAGUGACUCAGCUUUAGAGAAACUAUUCAGUCCUUACACAUGUCCACUACACGUAUAAAUAGUACAUCUGUAAAUCUGAAAUUUCAGGGAAUAUUGAUGCAGUAGGAGCGCUUGGUAUCAGAUGGAUAGAGUUCUAGUUCAGCACGCAUCACCACAUAUGCAGGGGUGCCAAUAAAUACGAUUUAGCCAUUAUGUCAUAAUGAAGACACCUAAAGAAUGCAAGGGGGAACAGACACAGCAUGUGAAAGACGCACAUUAGUUUUUGUUUCGCUACGACUUCAUCUAGACGGUCUGUAGAUGUUCUCCGUGUUGCCGCCGUUUAAGGUUUUUCUUUGAGUCCAAAAAAAAAAACGUAUUUCUCAAUUCUCUAUGGUGUAAAGUGGAGGUAAUGUUAGGACUCCGAAGAUGAUACUUUUCCUCUAAAAGCAUGACCUAAGAUCACGAUGGUGUUUUGAGGGUAAAACUAAUGUACAAAUUAUUAUAAAAAAAAGGGAAGAAGGGGAAAAAAAAAGCACAAAUUUUUAAGUAUUCAGUAUUUUGAGAAUAUUGAAAUAAGGGUGCGGUGAUGGUUUAGAUAUAGUUUCUUUCGUUAAAGGAAAAAAAAAAAUGAGUGUAGAUGAACAAUGAUCCAAGUGAUGGAUGUGUAAUCCAGGAAGAGCUGUAAAGACCAGCCGUGCCGCCGAUUUCUCCUUUCAGAAACACUGUUUUCUCAACUUUGCACUAAAUGAUCACACUCGUUUGCAAAGUUUAACGUUCUGCCACUAAUAAUAAUAAUAAUGAUAAUAAUAAUCUGGUGCUGAUGUCGCUGUACAAUCCGGAUUUCUGUAUUUGUAAAGCGCAUUUCUUUUUUUUGUUUUUGUUGCCCUCGUAUUCACCGUUCUGUCAUAAUAUAUUGAUAUUUAUUCUUCAAAUGUUACAUUAUUUUAUAAUAUAUUUUGAGAAAAAAUAUUACAAGAAUUGAUAUAUAAAAGGAUAAAGUCUUCAUUUUGAGAGUAAAGUUGCACAUUUGGAGAAUAUUUAAAAAUUUUAUUUUUAUGAUAUUUUAGAAAAUAAAGUUCUGAAUUUAAUCCUGUGAUGGAUUGGCCCCCUGUCCAGGGUGAACCCCGUCUCGUGCCCCAAGUCUCCUGGGAUGGGCUCCGGGGCCCCGCCACCCUGUAUAGAGUGAGUGAGGGUGACGGGGUGCUUUGAAUUUAUUUCUUUAUUUAACAUUUAAUAUUGUCACUUGUUUCUUGACUUUUUUUUUUUAGCCCACAUUUUAGAAUCUUACAACUUUAUGACUUCCUUUAUUAAAUAUUUUGACCCUAACAAUCCCCCCCCACCCCCCACCCAAACAUUGAGUUUAUUCGUGAAAAACUUACUGCUUUAUCCAUAAAUAUUCAUAAAUUUUGUCCACAGUAUUAGGAGUUUAUUUUGACCUUUUUAUUAAACUGUAACUUUUUUUUUUUAUUAUUGCUGACGUUAAUUCUGACAUUAGGACUUUUCCGACUACGUUUUUUUCCCAAAAAUAUAAUGACUUUUAUUCUUAAAUUCAGCGACUUCAUUCUGUUAUACUUUGUUCUUGUGCCUUUGUUCUUAUAUUACUAAUAUUUUAUGGAAUUCUCAAAACUUUAUUCAUAAAAUAUGACUUAUUCUUGAAGUUUACAGUUUUAUUAAACUAUUAUGACUUUAUUCUCAAAAUAUUGUGCUUUUUUUUCCUCCUUAUAAUAUACCUUUCCUUCCUUAAACCAUUAGGACAAAUUGCAAAAUUCAACGAUUUUAUUAUGUUAAAAGAAAUCUUAAAAAAAAAAGGCCUUAAAACAAAUUCCCUUCACACCGCAGCAGCUUGUGACGUUUGCAUUUUUAGGACCUAAAGAAGACAUACUGUAGUUCACACGUCAGGGGACGUGUGAAGUCCUCAAUAAACAGCUCUUAGACUAUGGCUGGAGAGAGUUUAUUAGGAUGUGCAGUAUAAUAGACUCGGGCAGGUUUGCGUUGUGUUAUUUGGGUGAAAAGUUUGAUUUUGUUAGAUUUUGUUGCCUGUAAGAUCCAGACCUUUGUGUAAUUAUGCAUUAAUUCAAAUUUGGGUCAGAUCUCGUUACUCCGAUACACACUCUAAACUAAUAAAAAAAAAAAAAAAAAUGUCUUUCUCCGUAGUCUUGGCACCUCUGCGUAUGUUCCGCAUGUUUCCAAUCAGACCUGGUAGUGUUGCAUAGAUCCGAAGAUUCAGAAAGCUCGAUACUCGAUCUCAUGCUCUUUUCUUUUCUCCGCCUCAGACACUAUAAGCUUUGCUGCCUCAUCAGCCUGGAGUGAAUACAGACGCUGUCUGAACUGGUGCUGAAUAUUGUAAAAAAAAAAAUAAUAAUAAUAAUAAUAAUUUUGUUUAAUUGAUGGUUGGUAUAGAAAUGCAGGGAGGAGGAUUUUGAUGUUUUUGAUGUUGAAAUAAAUUUGGUUUCCCCUCCUUUUUUUUUUUUUUUUUUUUUUACAAAGAAUUGAAAGAGUAUUUAUUUUUCUAAGACAAGCCCUAAUUUGUGUGAGGAUUCAAAAAAAAAAAAAAAUCUUAAAUUAAGAAUGUGUUUGGGUUAUAUAAAUUCGUGUUUUUGUGUGUGUGUGUGUGCGUGUUUUUACCAGUUUCCGUGUCAUCCGAACAACCUCAUGAAAUUUUCAGGCUAAUUCUCAAGGAUUCUGUCCCUUUUCCGAACGCCAAAUAAGGUCGAGGUGUCCGUUUCAGUCGUCCCUCGAGAAGUGGCGCCAGAAAGCUGCUGGCGUCAGUAGAGACACAAGGCGGUCUGUAUUCAAUGGUCUUCGUUUGAUCCGUAAUUAUCAGGAAGAUUAGCAAAAAAAAAAAGUUUUUCAGGCAAUAAGACUUAAACUUCCAUGUUUUUCACGUUUUUCCGAGUUUUCUCCAAGCAAACCGAACUAAAGGCUCAGGGCUCAUGUGACUGUUUUAUCACACUGUUUUUGAUAUUUAUUAUUUGCAUGGACUCGAACGAGCAGGCUUCGACCGACCCAACCGGUUGCGUUCGGAGGUGUUGCAUCAGGUUCGGAGGUGUUGCAUCUAAAAAUCAAGCCAAGGUCUAAAAGUUCCUGAUCUCACGUUGACGGCGGGAGGAAAAAAGCCACCGUUCAUCAGCCGGAUCUCAAGUCACAAGGCUUUAAAAAAAAAAAGUGUUCGCAUCAAAAAACCUUUAUUUAUUAUGGUGCUAAUUUGUUCCUGUCCAGCCAAAGUGUUCCUGUUUAUACUGUUGGGAUGAUGUGGGUUUUCAUUUCUUUGAUGCUGUGCAUGAAUUUUAUUUUUUAAUUAUUUGAUUUACCGAGUUUACCCCCAUAAGAGUUUACUGUAUUAAGGAAGCCCUGCACAGCUUUCCCACACUACACGCUUCCACUUCUCCUCUCAACGUUCUUCUCGUCACGUCACGCACGUUACAGGACUGCAUUUGGAGCUCAUCAUCAUGCAGUACUUUUGCUUGUACAGUAUUUAUUUGGCAUUCCCUUGUUUAUUUUUAUAUGUUGGUUCUGCUCGGUUCUGAAUGAAAGUUGUGAUGGUUCCUAGACUUCCUGGACUUCACUAGUUUUGAUACUUCGAUGCUUCUUUUUCUUAUUUAAUUUUCACGUCCAAUGUUUGUCACACUGUAAGAAUUUGCGAUGGAGUUUUGAUUAAGAUGUUUCAGUUGUACAAUGUGGCCUGUACAUAUUAAAAGAUUUAUGAGUGAACACA